GGUGACUGCACUUGAAAUGUUUGCAACAAUUCUCUUUAUUUCCCUGCUGUUCUGUACAUCUAUCGCGAAAAGAGAGAAAGACGACAGGUUAUACGACGACCUUAACUAUGUAAGUACAAAAUACAAUGUUUCUCGGCCAACUACCACAGGUCGGUCUCUGAAGGGGGAGAUGGUUGUAGAGAAAUUUGUUGACACAUUGAUGGCAAGCGAGAGAUACCUAAAGAUGGUAGAAACCGUAGAAAAGAAGAUCAGUCACCUCGAUGCAACUUUUCACGAUCGAACAAACAGCAUAUUAAAGUAUUUAGCCGAACUCUUAAGGGUUGUUAAGGCACCGCAAGCAGAAAUCAUGGAGGAUACCUUGAGAUCGCUGAAAGUUGACUUGGAAAGGUUGAAACAGUCCGUGGCUGAGAAAUUAGCACAGAUUCCGACAAUGCGAGUUGAAGGGACCGAGUACCAAAUGGAAUCAUCAUUGGAUAAUCGAUUGACGUUUUUGGAAAGUCAUAUGAAGAAUAUAAUGGCUAGUGUUGAAUCAAUUGCCUCGAUUAUAUCCGAAGUGAAGACUCGACAGAAUACUAGAACUGUUGUCAGGCCAGACGUAACCGGAUCUUUGGAAGCAAUUGGACUAAUUUCAGAAUUUAGAAGAGCAUUACAGGAUCAGAAGUCCAGAAAAUGUGACUGCAAGAUUGGUAGAGUGGAUCGCAUAGAAAGAUAUCCAACAGAUUGCCAGGAGAUUCAAAUGCAGGGAUUCAAUGUGUCUGGGAUUUAUAAAAUUAGACCCGAUGAUAUGGAGCCUUUCUACGUGUUGUGUGAUCUUAGCAGUGCGGGCGGUGGCUGGACGGUCAUACAAAAUCGAUUUGACGGCUCGCAAGACUUCUAUAAAACAUGGUCAGAUUACAAGUAUGGGUUUGGUAACCUGGCAGGAGAGUUUUGGCUCGGCCUCGAGAAACUGAACUACCUCACGAAUCAGAAACUCUACGAAUUGAGAAUUGAAAUGGAAUCUCAAACCAGCCAAGAAUCUUUCGCAACAUUUUCCGUGUUCACUGUUGGACCCGAACAUGAAGGAUACAGGAUCAGUACGUUAGGAACUUAUAGAGGAAACGCUGGCGAUUCUUUGUCAUAUCAUGCGGGUCAGAAGUUUUCCACUCCCGAUGUGGAUAAUGACGAGUGGAAGGAUGGAACCUGCGCGGUGGAACAUGGUGGAGCGUGGUGGUACAAGGAAUGUGAUAAGAGUAACUUGAAUGGCAAGUAUUCCCCUCCUGAAGAUCACCAUGGCCAGUCGAUAUACUGGAUCUCAUUCAAGGGGCCUAAUUCACCACUUGCCAAGACCCGUAUGAUGAUCAGGCCGCUACCAGCCAGCAGGCCUACAGAUUUCACCGAUCCAUCUAGGAAAAUUAUGGAAACUACCAAAACAAAACCAUUGGACAAGCAGGCAGCGCGUAAAGAAAAGAGCCAUGACCCUCGCCACCCUCCGUACCGUUAUGAGGACAACCUGCGAGCAGAGGGCUUCUUUCCGACCUACGCGUAGUUUUAAGGAAACAUUAUUUAGUGAAGUGUGUUAUGAAAUUUGACGCAACACUCGGUUUAAUAGAAAACUUGUAUUUUAUUUAGAAACCACUUACCGACGACCUAUUUCGAUGAAUUAUUGUUUGAAUUUUUAUUUUCAUGUUUUAUAGGAAGACGUUAUCUCCAACAUACUUUUAAGCUAAAAAUAAACUUGAUAUAGCAUUUUUUCUCUCAAUUCAAUGACACCGGUUAAGUUGAUUAAUAAAUUUUAAUAUUGACUUAUCAAAGCUAUUAAGAAAAAAUCUGACGUUUUACACCAUUCGCUGAUCGUAUACCGCUCGAUGGCUUUUGUGAUUUCAUUAUUAAGUUUAAUUUUCAUUUUGUUUUAGUUUACUGGUGGAUAUUAACUAUAGUAACGUGCACUGUUUUUGUUGCUUUCGUCCAUACCAAUAGUGUUAAUUAUAAUGAAAGUAAAUU